AUGGACACGCUACGCAAAUAUCUAAACCAGGUUAAAGUGCCGUGCGCCAGCGAUAACGUCUACAAGGAGGAGUGCGUAUACUCGUUUGACAAUCCAGAAUCGGACACCGGCUUGUACGUGAGUUUGGUGAGCUUUCUCGGGUUUGGAGAGCAGCAUGUACGCACCUAUGCCGACCGGACAGGGAACCGGGUUUUUCUUUAUCUGAAGCGUGAUAAAAUCGAAGUGCCGGAACAGACUGGAUCAGCGGUAGAUGGUGCUGCCGGUGGUGGUGCGGAUGGUCCGGAGAAAAAAAUCACCCGACUAGCGAUUGGGGUUGAGGGUGGCUACACCGGCACGGAGAAUAAGAAGUACGAAUACAAAGAACACUUCCAGGUGGUUGUGUUUGAUGAUCCGGUCGUACGGUUGGAGUACCCGAACGCGGACUUGCCGCUGCAGGUGCAGAAUGCGGUGGAAGCGGUACAGAAGGCGGAAGCGGCAUCGGUGAAGCGUGAGCGGGAACAGCUGGCAGGGACGUGGGACGGUGAAAUACGUCAAGUGUCGACGCAUGCGGCCGAUUUGCUGCAGCUGGAGAAUGGCAAGAAGAUACCGCCGACCGGGUGGAAGUGUGAGAAGUGCGAUCUUACAAACAACCUUUGGCUAAACCUGACGGACGGUUCGAUUAUGUGUGGACGUAAAUUCUUCGAUGGUUCGGGUGGCAACGAUCAUGCGGUGAACCAUUACAAGGAAACAAAUUACCCACUGGCAGUCAAGCUGGGUACGAUAACGGCCGAUGGGAAGGGUGAUGUUUACAGCUACAGCGAGGACGAUAUGGUGGAGGAUCCGUAUCUGGUGAAGCAUCUCGCACACUGGGGCAUCAAUGUGGGUCAGCUGGAGAAGACGGAAAAAUCGAUGAUUGAGCUGGAACUGGAUCUUAACCAGCGAAUCGGCGAAUGGGGCAUCUUGUGUGAGAGUGGCAGCCAGCUAAAACCGAUCGCGGGACCGGGAUACACCGGGAUGAAGAAUCUGGGCAACACGUGCUAUCUGAACAGUGUGAUGCAGGUGCUGUUUACCAUCCCGGACUUUGUUCGACGAUUUGUCGAUGGUUCGAAGACGAUUUUCGACAGCUUUCCGGCGGAUCCGGCUAACGAUUUUAAUGUCCAGAUGGCUAAGCUAGGCACCGGACUGUGCAGUGGACGGUACAGUGUCCUGUCGGACAACUCCCUAGACGCUGCGGACUCUACUGGAGGUAUCGCACCGACCAUGUUCAAGGCUCUCAUCGGUCAGGGACAUCCCGAUUUCUCUACCAAACAGCAGCAAGAUGCUCAGGAGUUUUUCCUGCAUAUUGUCAGUACGCUCGAGAAGCACAGCCGUCAUCAGGCAAAUCCGGCCGAAGCACUCCGCUUCUGCAUCGAGGACCGAGUCGAAUGUUGCUCCAGCGGCAAAGUAAUGUACAACCGGCGUGAUGAAUGGUGUCUCCCGCUACAGAUCCCGCUGCAGAAAGCGACCAAUCUCGAUGAGGUUAAGCAGUACGAAGCGGAGCGAACCGCUGCCGAACGGGAAGGUCGCCGUCUGGAUCCGGACGCACUAGUCCGACCGAAAAUAACACUCGCCGCCUGUCUGGACACAUUCGCGCAACCCGAACUGGUGGAUCAAUUUUACAGCACGGCGAUCGGUGCAAAAACGACGGCCAAAAAGACGACCAAGCUCGCCUCCAUGCCCGAUUAUUUGCUGUUGCAUUUGAAGAAAUUUACCCUAAAGGAAGACUGGACCUCGCUGAAGCUGGACGUUGCGAUCGACAUACCGGAGGUGUUGGAUCUAGAAACGCUGCGCGGAACCGGCAAGCAACCGAACGAGGAAGAACUCCCGGACAUUGCGGGUCGCGAGCCGACCCCUCCGCCAAUGGAUCCGGAAGUGUUGGAUCAGCUGAUCGGGAUGGGUUUCCCACCGGAGGCUUGCAAGCGUGCAAUCUUCUUCACGAAGAAUACCGGCAUUGAGCCGGCCACACAGUGGAUGGUUGAGCAUAUUGCCGAUUCGGACUUUGCCAGUCCGUUUGUACCGCCCGGUACGGGUGGCAAGAGUGGUUCGGGAGCUGGUGGAGCUGCCGCCUUUGUACCCGAUCCGGUUGGGCUGGAGAUGCUGAUGGGAAUGGGCUUCACCGAUCGGCAAGCAACGAAGGCGCUGAAGGAAACUGGGAACAACACGGAACGGGCUGUUGAUUGGAUCUUUUCCCACACGGACGAGCUGGACAGUAUGGCGAUCGAUGAUGCAACUUCCGAUAGUGUUGCGACAGCAGCGGCAGCUGCCGGUGGUAGCGACGGUGCAGCUACCGGAAGCAAGCAGGGAUCUUCAUACCGUGAUGGAACUGGCAAAUAUAAACUGGUUGCAUUCAUUUCCCACAUGGGCACAUCGGCCCAGGUCGGCCAUUACGUUUGCCACAUCCUCAAGGACGGCCAGUGGGUCAUCUUUAACGACAACAAGGUCGCGAUCUCGCAGAAUCCACCCAAAGAGCUCGGCUACCUGUAUCUCUACCAGCGGGUGUAAAAAAAAUACACACACACACACACAUUGACGA